AACCGUCUCUUCUUCAAUCCAUUCCAUUUAAUUUCUCCCUCAUGUCCGCCGCUCUCUCUUUCUCUCGAGUCUGAAACCCUAAUUUCUUUCUUCGCCUGAAUUCUCCAUCUCACGCCUGCCGCCCCUCGUCGCCUUGUUAGGCUGUAAGCCGCCGCCCCCUCUGAAUUCGUCUCUCACCGAUUUGGCCUCCACCAUCGUCCCCGAUUGAAAAAUCCCAAUGAUGUAAACCCUUACCAAAAUCAGAUCUGUCUCUAUCUUCGUCUUCUGCCUGUCGUCUCUCUCUCUCUGUGAGUCUACCUUCAAAAUCUGAGGGAUCUAACCGAAGGAUGUCGAAAAACUACGGUGAUUCAUAUGAUUGGGAAUGGAUGGCUUCUUUACAGACAUGGAUCGAGGUCAAGGUGAUUGAAGAUCGAAUCAGAGAACGGGGUCGCUUGGCUUUAGCCCAACAAGGUAAAGGCCCUAUCAUUACUCCUAUGGUCUCCGAUGAACUGCCUGUAUCAUCUUCUCCUGCUAAUUGUGAUGCUUACCCCGAUUCCUUUUUUCUGUGUGAGGAAAAUUGGCAACACAGGGAAAUGGGUGAUGCGGAGUUGCGGAUGUUAAAAAUCCUGCUUCCUGCCUUUUUUCUGCUGCCCAAAGUCGACUAAUGGUCCGGCGGGAACUCUUCCACUUUUGCACCGCUGCAGUGAGCUUCCCUCUGCCCGGUUUGCCGUUUUUGCUCCCUUCAAGAAGAAAUUGAAGUAUGGCUGCCCUCUCAAAGGAAGAAAGAUCCUUUCUUCUAGCCAUUGAAGUUUUUUUUUCUUUCUGAUUUUAGGAGUUAGCUGCUGUUUUUUUUAUCUGAAAUGUAUCCCUAUUUAUAAAGGGCUGAACUUACUGCACUUUUUAAAAGUGAGGGAGAU